CGAGAGCGAGCCAAAAGCAAAGCGCGGCAAUUGUGCUGAGCGAAGCGAAAAAAAACUGGCCAAGGAAAACACAGCCAUAGCCGCUUCUCUUACCUUAUUACAAUUUCCAGCCAGUUGGCGCUGAGAGCCGGCAACUGUAAGGUCAAGUUCACAGAAGCCUCUGCUUUUUGUUUUUUUGCCACGAAGAUGAUGCGGAUUUUGGUGACUCUCCUACUGGCCCUCCUCCACUACUCCCUGCCCUCGGUCCGGGCCCUGGCCUGUGGUGGCUGCGUGGACCUGGACGAGAUUAAUUUCCAAAGGACAGUGGAAAGGUUUCCCUAUGCCUUGGUCAAGUUCGAUAUAGCCUUUCCCUAUGGCGUGAAGCACGAGGCCUUUGGCGCCUUCUCGAAGGCAGCCCAUAAGGCCACCACGGAUCUCCUGGUGGCCACCGUGGGCAUCAAGGAUUAUGGUGAGCUGGAGAACAAGGCCCUAGGCGAUCGCUUCAAGGUGGAUGACAAGAACUUCCCAGAGAUCUUCUUGUUCAAAGGCAGCAUCGAUGACUUUAUACGCCUGCCCAGCCACAUGGACAUCACCCUGGACAACCUCAAGGCCUUUGUGAGCUCUAAUACCGACCUAUACAUAGGCCGCGAUGGCUGCAUCAAGGACUUUGAUGAUGGCCUCAAGAACUAUGCCAAUAUCCCUGAUGCAGAGCAGGCCGCCCUCAUCGAGAUCUUCGAGGAAAGGCUGGAGAAGAUGAAGAAUCCGGAGCAGCAAAAGAGCGCCAAGUUCUAUCUGGUUUACAUGCGCAAGAUUCGAGAGCUGGGCUACGACUUCCUCGAGGAGGAGACCAAGCGUCUGUUACGUCUCAAGGCAGGAAAGGUGGCGGAGUCCAAGAAGGACGAGCUGCUGCGUAAACUGAACAUUCUGGAGGCCUUUCGGGUCAACAAGCUGACCAAAGAGGCUCCGGAAAAGCAGGAGCUGUGAAAUAAUAUAUUUAACAAAAAUAUGUACGCUGUUAAAUUUGUAAAACAUUUUUUUAGUGCAAGAAAAAAAAAAACCCUAAAAUCGUGAGUGUACAAUAAAAACUUAGAAUAAACCGAAAAUGGAUAUUUA